CAUGUAAAUACAGCCUUAGGCCAAGUGUAUAAAACACAACACAUAUCCAAAUAUAACCUUUGGAAAGCUGAUUAGUUUUGUUUAAAAAAUGCUCAAUUAGAGUUUAAUUAUGGUACGAAGCAGUGACAAGGAUCGACAUCAUAGAAGGCGGUCUAGAUCUAGAUCUAAAUCUCGUUCCAAUUCUCCAGAAAAAAAGCGGAGGCGUUCAAGGAGUAGAGAUCGAGAAAAAGGACGACAUAGAGAUAGGAAAAGUCGUUCUAAAGAUCGUGAUAGAGAUAGAAGUGACAGAAGAGAUCGACAUGAAAGAGACAAAAAAGGUGGGGAUAAUAAAGAAAAGCGAACUAGCAGUUCAAAAUCUUCUCGCUUGGGGAAAGAACGAUCCAACAGAUCUCGCUCCCGUGAACGCAAGGAUAAAGAAAAAUGGGAUAACGAGGAGUUACCAUUUGAUCCAUUAAAUCUUGAUAAGGAAGAAGAACAAAAGAGAUUAGAGCUGGAGAUGCAAAAAAGACGUGAGCGAAUAGAAAGAUGGCGUGCAGAUCGAAAGAAGAAGGAACAAGAGGCAACAAGAAAAGAUGGAAAAUCUUCUAUUUUAGCUAAUAUACAAAUACCUUCUAAGAAAUGGUCUUUAGAAGAUGAUAGCGAUGAGGACACUCCAGUCACUCAGGGUAUUAACAAUAAAGAGAUCAAAGAAGGUGAUGGCGAAUCGAAAGAAGAUUCAGCAUUAGUAACAGAGGAAAAUAAAACAGAGGAAGUAGAUCCACUUGAUGCUUUUAUGGCAGAGGUACAAGAGGAAGUAAGAAAAGUUAAUAAAUUGGAUAAUAAAAAUCCUAAGGCCGCUAACAAUGGUACAAAUACUGGAGUUACUCAAACUACUGGCGUAAUGAUUGUUACUGGAGUAGCUAAGAGAAAAGUUCAAAAACAUAAGGGCGAAUUAAUAGAGCAAAAUCAAGAUGGAUUGGAAUAUUCGAGUGAAGAAGAAGGAGAAAAUCUUCACGAAACAGCUGCUGGUAUUGCGAAUAAACAAAAAAGAGAGCUAGCUAAAGUUGAUCACGCAACAACAGAAUAUCUAACCUUCAGAAAAUCAUUUUAUGUUGAAGUACCUGAAAUUGCAAAAAUGACAUCAGAAGAAGUUGAAGCAUAUAAAGAAGAAUUAGAGGGAAUACGUGUAAAAGGAAAAGGUUGUCCAAAACCAAUUAAAUCUUGGGCUCAGUGUGGUGUAACGAAAAAGGAAUUAGAAGUAUUGAAACGAUUGGGAUAUGAAAAACCAACGCCAAUUCAGUGUCAGGCUAUUCCUGCAAUUAUGUUUGGACGUGAUUUAAUUGGAAUUGCAAAAACAGGAAGUGGAAAAACAUUAGCAUUUUUGUUGCCAAUGUUUAGACAUAUUCUCGAUCAACCAGCAUUAACUGAGGGAGAUGGACCAAUUGCAUUAAUUAUGACACCAACGCGUGAACUUUGCAUGCAAAUAGGAAAAGAUUCAAAAAAAUUUUCAAAAUCAUUAGGACUCUCUCAUGUUUGUGUAUAUGGUGGUACUGGUAUAUCAGAGCAAAUUGCUGAAUUGAAAAGAGGCGCAGAAAUAAUUGUCUGUACACCUGGUAGAAUGAUUGACAUGUUAGCAGCAAACAAUGGAAGAGUAACAAAUUUACGAAGAGUAACUUACGUCGUUUUAGAUGAGGCUGACCGAAUGUUUGAUAUGGGAUUUGAACCACAGGUGAUGCGAAUAAUGGAAAAUGUCCGACCAGAUCGACAAACUGUUUUGUUUAGUGCUACUUUUCCUCGACAAAUGGAAGCAUUAGCUAGAAAAAUACUUACUCGACCAGUUGAAGUACAAGUUGGAGGGCGUUCUGUUGUUUGUAAGGAUGUCGAACAACACGUCAUUGUUCUUGAAGAAGAUCAAAAAUUUUACAAACUUCUUGAAAUACUUGGACACUAUCAUCAAAAAGGAUCUAUUAUUAUUUUUGUCGACAAACAAGAAAAUGCUGAUACAUUAUUGAAAGAUUUAAUGAAAGCAUCUUACUCAUGUAUGUCUUUACAUGGUGGAAUCGAUCAAUGCGAUAGAGACUCAACAAUAUUAGAUUUCAAAGCUGGACGUACAAAAUUAUUGGUGGCUACGUCUGUCGCGGCUAGGGGAUUGGAUGUAAAAUGUCUUGUUCUUGUUGUCAAUUAUGAUUGUCCAAAUCACUAUGAAGACUAUGUUCAUCGAUGUGGACGAACAGGCAGAGCUGGAAAUAAAGGUUAUGCUUACACGUUUAUUACAUCAGAACAAGAGAGAUAUGCUGGAGAUAUUUUACGAGCUCAUGAAUUAGCCAUGGUUCCUGUACCUGAAUCAUUACGAAAACUUUGGGAAGACUAUAAAGCUCGUCAAGUAGCAGACGGUAAAAAAGUUCAUACUGGUGGAGGUUUUAGUGGGAAAGGAUUUAAAUUUGAUGAAUCCGAAGCUGCGUUAGCUAAUGAGAAAAAGAAAUUUCAAAAAGCAGCUUUGGGAUUACAAGACUCUGAUGAUGAAGAUAUUGAAAAUGACAUUGAUCAACAAAUUGAAAGUAUGUUGGCACCUAAAAGAACUGUACGUGAAAUAUCAAGACCCUCGGUUCCCAAUAUUUCUGUACCUGGACAACCUGUGCCAAGUGCAACUGACAAAUUAGAGUUGGCCAAGAAGCUUGCAUCAAAAAUAAAUAUAGCUAAAAAUUUGGGAGCUGAAGCAAAAGGUGUUUCACAGCAGGCUGCAGAAGCAAUUCUGAAAGGAGCAGGACCUACCAAUCUUAUUACGGCAAAAACAGUCGCCGAACAAUUAGCCGCAAAGUUGAAUACAAAACUUAAUUAUCAACCAAGAGAAGAAGAUUUAGUUGAAGGCGAAUGUGAAGGUGGUGAGCAAACCUUCCGAAAAUAUGAGGAAGAACUUGAAAUCAAUGAUUUCCCACAGCAAGCCCGAUGGCGGGUGACUAGCAAAGAAGCAUUAGCACAAAUAUCAGAAUAUUCAGAAGCUGGACUUACAGUUAGAGGUACUUAUAUUGUACCUGGUAAAGCACCACCCGAAGGAGAAAGAAAAUUAUAUCUUGCAAUUGAAUCAACGAGUGAGUUAGCUGUAAGCAAAGCGAAAGCUGAAGUAUCACGGUUAAUUAAAGAAGAAUUAAUGAAAUUACAAACAUCUGGAGCACAUAAUGUUUCGCGUGGUCGUUACAAAGUUUUGUAAACCAACUUUAGAACAGUUAUAUCACAUAUGUCAAGACAUAAUAUUGAAUUUUAAAGAUAAGCAUUUUUUUGAAUAAAGUAUUAUUUAAAAAAUUA